AUGGGUUUGGGAGCCCUUUCCUCCAGUCGUUUCUUUCUUCCCCAGCGCCUAGCCUUGCCCGCCGCUCCUCCUCUUCUCCUCUGGCCGUCUGGCGACUGCGACCGGCAAGGCGGCGACCCAGGCGAAACCAAGGAGGAAACCCGCUCCGCCGCUCGUCUUCUCUGGCGAUUGGCGAUUGUCGCCGAUCCCUACCGCUGCUCUUCUUCUCUACUACUCAGCCGACCGCCUGCUAGAGUCUCCCUCCCAUGCUGCUCAAGAACGCGCCGAUCCCCGCCCUCGCUCCUCUUCUCUCCUACUCAGCUGCAACGCCUGCUUGAGUCUGUGAUCGAGAUGGGGAUUAGCAAAACUAGGGAUUAG